AGUUAUUUUCAUGGUCGGUUUUGAGGAUUUAUUCUUUCAAGGUCGAUACACUGGUGUUACUCCCAUGAUACUGAAUCACCAGAUCACAACUGGAUUUCUUUGCUGAUAUCAACAAAUUUGCAGAUUCGACGGUUAAAGCGUCAAACCCUAGUUCGAUUUUUUUAUUCAGAUAAUUAAAACAUGAGUAUCGAGCCAUUUAACAAAUUGGUGAAGUUGACGGCGAGGGCAUUUUACGAUGAUAUUACUGCAAAAGGAGAUAAUCAACCGAAAACAGGAAGGAGCGAUAAUAGAGGAAUUGCUGUUGUUGUUCUUGAUGCUCUGACCAGACGCCAAUGGGUGCGUGAAGAAGAUUUAGCAAAAGAUUUGAAGUUGCACUUAAAACAACUUCGACGGACUUUGCGGUUUUUUGAAGAAGAAAAGCUGGUAACCAGGGAUCAUAGGAAAGAGACCGCCAAGGGUGCAAAAGCCUACAGCGCUGCAGUUGCUGCUACUGCUGAUAAUCUAACUGGAAGAGAUGGAGAAGAGAAGAUUAAGCUGCACACACACUCUUAUUGUUGUCUUGACUAUGCACAGAUACAUGAUGUGGUAAGGUAUAGACUGCACCGGAUGAAGAAGAAGUUGAAAGAUGAAUUAGACAAUAAGAACACAGUCCAGGAAUAUGUGUGCCCAAAGUGUGGAAAAAGAUAUAAUGCAUUGGAUGCUAUUCGACUGAUCUCUUUUGAAGAUGACUCUUUUCAUUGUGAAAGUUGCAAUACAGAAUUAGUGGCAGAGAGUGACAAGCUAGCUUCUCAAGAUAUCGGAGAUGGCGAUGAUAAUGCAAGAAGACGACGCCGUGAGAAAUUGAGGGAUAUGCUUCAAAAGAUGGAGGUAGAACUCAAGCCUUUGAUGGAUCAGCUUAGCAGAGUAAAGGACUUGGAUGCCCCUGAUUAUGGAACUCUUCAAGCAUGGGAGCUUCGAGCAAGUGCUGCUGCGCGUGCAUCUAAUGCUGAUCCUGGUGCCAAUGAUUCUUCUAGACCUGGACAGGGAGGAACACCUAUGCCAUUUCUUGGAGAGACAAAGGUUGAAGUGGCCUUCUCUGGUGUGGAAGAAAAAGGGGAGAUAAAAUCCGAAAGUGCCCCUAUGAAAGUUUUGCCUCCAUGGAUGAUCAAGGAAGGGAUGAACCUUACAAACGAGCAGCGGGGGGGUGUAAAGCAAGAAUCAAACAUGGAGGGAACUUCAGCAUCUAUCGAUAUGAAAGAUGAGAAGAAGUUGAGUAGCCAAGAGGAUGAUGCGAAGAAUCUCCAGGAUGAGUAUUUCAAAGCAUAUUAUGCUGCUUUACUUCAGAGGCAAAAAGAACAAGAAGAAGCCACCAAGAGGGAGCAAGAUUUGUCGAUGAAUAGCGUCUCCACUGAUGUCGAUCCCUCGAAUUCAAGAAAACGCCAACGUGAUGAUGAUGGAGAAGGCGAUGUUGAAUGGGAAGAGACUCCAACUGCAGGGGAGACCUUCAAGGUGGACUUGAAUGUGGAAGCAGCAGAGCCUUCUGGAGAUGAUGAAGAUGAUGAUGGCAUCGAUUGGGAAGAGGGCUGAUUGAUUAAUCCUACAAACAACUUGAUCAUGAUUCCUACUUGAGAGUUUGUAGUAGUGUUUGUUGAAGAGGAGAAAAAGAGACGUUUUUCAUUGUACAUCAUAUAAAUAUGAAAAUGUGUCGUUUUGCCUAGUACAAGUGAUAUGUCUCUGCUCGACAUAGCUCUGAUUUGAACUUUGACUUGGAAUGGUCAUCCACUAUUCUUUGUACUUAUAAUAUCCAGUUAACAUUUAUCCACUUUAAUUGAUUUUAAAA